AUGGCUUCAUUUACUGCGAAAGAAGUGGCGGCUCACAACACCCGUGGUGAUUGUUGGACAAUAAUCAAGGGACAGGUCUACGAUGUUACAAAAUACGUUGAGGACCACCCUGGCGGUGCAGAUGUGCUUAUUGAGGUCGCUGGCAAAGACUCAACGGUAGAGUUUGACAGUGCUGGCCACUCUGAGGAUGCUUUUGAGAUUAUGGAGGAGUACCACAUUGGAGAAUACAAGGGUGCUCCAGUGCGAAAUGCCCCUAAGGCGGUCACCCUAAAAAAGGCAGCUCCGAAAGCUGUCUCUUCAAACAGCCUCACUUCAACCGCGCUCACAGCCACAGCGGCCAUUUCAGUCGGUGCUAUUGCACUUCACCAAGCAUACCGAUUGAACCCUGAGAUUUUGAACUCUCUCCCCAAGAUCAAGACCUCUGGAUCAGGCCCCGGUUUCCUUGAAGGGUUCCUCAUCGCUUCAGCAAUCUUCACCGUAGCUGGUACCGUCACUGCGAAGAAGCUGUCCAAGCACCUCCACUUUGAGGAGGGCGGUUUCAUGAGCUAUGCUCCUCACAAGAAGAUGCCCAAGGUGACAAAGGUCAACCCUCUUGUACAACGAGGCUGGCUCGAUCCUGCAGCAUACCAUGCUCUUCCUCUUACCGAGAAGGAGAUGAUUGCUCCUAACGUCUACCGUCUGGUCUUCAGCCUGCCUACUCCCACAACUGUUCUCGGUCUACCGACAGGCCAACAUCUCGCUAUCAAGGCAGAAAUCGACGGAAAGACAAUCAACCGCUCAUACACACCCAUCUCAAAUAACAACGAUCUCGGAAAACUGGAACUCGUCAUCAAGUGCUAUCCCGAUGGUCUUCUCACUGGAAGAUACCUCGCCAAUCUCGAGCUCGGCGACGAAGUCCAGUUCCGUGGACCCAAGGGAGCUAUGCGAUACCAACGCGGCCUGUGCAAGAGAAUAGGCAUGCUCGCUGGCGGAACCGGCAUCACCCCGAUGUUCCAAAUCAUCCGAGCCAUCUGCGAAGACGACCGCGACCUUACACAAGUCAGCCUUGUUUACGCCAACCGCUCAGAACAGGAUAUUCUCCUGCGAAACGAGCUUGAGACAUUUGCACGACGAUACCCUCAAAACUUUAGACUUUAUUACUUGAUCGAGAACGCCCCUGCCGAUUGGACAUACGGAACGGGAUAUGCUACACAGGCGCUCAUGGAGGAAAAGUUCCCAGCUCCUGGGCCCGACUCCAAGAUCAUGCUUUGCGGACCUCCAGGUAUGAUCAAGGCCGCUAAGACAUCUCUGGCCAGUCUUGGAUUCGAGCAGCCUGGUGCUUCUGCCAAGAUGAGCGAUCACAUCUUUUGUUUCUAA